AUGGCUGAAUCAACUCCAUUUCCAAUUUCCUCUUCGACCACCCUCACCUUCUCAACCACCUCCACUUCCAUCUCCCACCUCCGCCCCUUCCACCAUCAAACCCAACCUUACUGCUACAUCACCGGAAAACCCAUCUCCUCCCUUCGUUGUCAGGCGGUUGCCGGAGCCGCUCCUGCUACUCCGGCCGCCGCCACCACCACCCCCAUAAAGAAAAAGAACAGAUACGAGAUCGAAAACCUAACCACAUGGCUGCUAAAGCAAGAACAAGCUGGUCAUAUAGACGCAGAAUUGACCAUCGUUCUAUCGAGCAUUUCAUUGGCUUGUAAGCAAAUUGCAUCAUUGUUACAGAGAUCCAGUAUCAUCAAUUUGACUGGAGCUCAGGGCACCAUCAACAUCCAGGGCGAAGACCAGAAGAAACUCGAUGUCAUCUCUAAUGAGUUGUUCUGCAACUGCUUGAGAUCAAGUGGCCGGACCGGGAUCAUCGCAUCGGAGGAGGAAGAUGUGCCGGUGGCGGUGGAGGAAACCAACUCGGGGAACUACAUUGUCGUGUUCGACCCUAUUGACGGAUCCGCCAAUAUCGACAUUGCCUUGACCACUGGUUCGAUAUUUGGUAUAUACGCCCCCGAUGAGCAAUGCCUUGUUGAUUACGAUAACGAUACUCUCGACCAGUCUAAAGAAAAGUGUAUCGUGAGCGUUUGCCAGCCCGGAAGCAACUUAUUAGCAGCCGGAUACUGCUUAUAUUCAAGCUCGGUGGUGUUCACCAUUUCCAUAGGGAACGGAGUUCACGGAUUCACCCUCGAUCCCGCAUACGGCGAGUUCGUUCUAACACACGAGGACAUCAAGAUACCGAAAUCGGGCAGAAUUUACUCGUUUAACGAAGGGAAUUUCGAUCUUUGGGAUACCAAGUUGCAGAACUACCUCAACCACCUCCGGAAACCUGGCGGGCCCCACGGGAAACCGUACUCGGGGCGGUACAUCGGGUGUCUGGUCGGGGAGAUCCACCGUAUGUUACUGUACGGUGGGAUCUAUGGAAACCCUAAGAAUGAGAAAGCAAAAAAUGGGAAUUUGAGGCUACUGUAUGAAUGUGCACCAAUGAGUUAUUUGGUAGAACAAGCUGGCGGGAAAGCCAUUGAUGGUGUGCAAAGGAUUCUUGAUAUCCAACCUGAUCAGGUUCACCAACGGACUCCGAUUUUCAUAGGAAGCCCAGAUGAAAUCGAUAUCCUAGUGUCGUAUUUGGCUUGAAAUUUUCGUUCGGUUUCCAAAAUGUAAGUAUGAUUGCAGGUUAAUCGGUUAAGAUUGUCAUCGAGAUCGAAUGAUUUUGGAGUUUUUCUAGCUCUCUUGAUACAUGUUGGUUUAUUGGUUUCGACUAUUGGAUUCAUCCACCUUCUAAUUUUCAGAGGUUCCUGC